AGUGUCGUUUCCUCUGGGCUUUCAAACUUUCAAACAUUUUUCAUUCUUGGGCCAAAUAAAAAACUUACAGUAUUCAAAAUCACCAACACUCUCGCGUCGAAACGAUGCCGUAUUGUUCAGGGAACACGAAAGGUUUCGCAAUCGCAAUCUCAUUCCAAAACUGGAAUUCAAUUUUUGCUUUAGUUCCGUUGUUGAUUAUUUCACUUUCUUGGUUCAAAUCAGAGAAGAAGAACAAAACCAUGGCAGAAGAGAAAGAGUGUAGCAAAAGUUCCAACCUUUCUUCACCCAUGGCGGAAACCCCAAUCAGACCCGUCGUUUGUCUCAAAAGGAAAGAAGAUGUCAAACUUUAUGAGGAAACCGAGGAAUGCUUCAUCUUGGAUUUCGACCCAUUUGAAUCCCUUGACUUCUCAAAGCUUUCACUGGGGAACAAGAAUAACACUAACGAUGAUGAUACCUCUGAUAUCUCCAUUGUUGCUGAAAAGGGUCAGGUGGCUUGUAGAGAUUAUCCGCAUGCUAGACAUCACUGUGUUAAAUUUCCCUUUACUACUACACCUCAUGAGAGUUCUUGUGAAAAUUGUUACUGCUAUGUAUGUGAUUCAGUUGCUCCAUGUAAGUACUGGACGCGGAUCCGGACCCGGUCUUCAGAUAAAUCGGAUUCACAUUAUGAUGCUCCACAUUGUGAUGCUAAUAGCGAUUGGGAGGAGGAGAGGAAUGAGUAUAAACGUUUAACUGACAAAGAGGCUGACUAAGUAUACUUUCAUAUGUUUGAUGUUGCUGCUGCUAAUCCGGUUGCGUGGACGGAAAUGAGAGACAAGAAGCCAACUUCGAAUUUUGAUUUUGGGGUAAACUCCAGAACUAUUUCUGUCUGUAGGGAUGGUAUGGAAUGUGUCAUGAUAACUAGCAUUUUGAGUGAUGAUCUAUGGCCAUGUGAAAGCAGCAUGUAUAUAUGAGUAUAGUUUUGUUUGAGGCCUUUUAACUUAACUUUUCUUUUCUUAAAUUUGUCUCUUAGAUUUUAAAAACUUAACACUCUUAUCUUUUAUACAUUGUCAUUUAAGUGAGUGGAUUGAUGUGUUAUCAUACAUGGAGGAUGAAUUUCCUAUUUGUAGUGUUUGACUCGUA